GUCUACUAACUUUUUACAUCUUUAGUUGCACGCAAGUUGCCUCUGAACCUAACGGCAAAUAAUGAACCCCUCUUACGCUGGCCUGUAAUAUACGCAAGCAACCUAUAGAAGUACUUUACAUAACUUUAUUAGUUAUGGAUAUUCAGUCUUCAUCGUUCCAAUCGUGUGUUACUCGUUUUCGCAACGCCGCUUCUAAGGCUCAGGCGACGCUGAUACAGUAUAAGAGGGAAAAAAGCUUGGUCUGUGUUGAGUUAUAUCGCACAGUAGCUGUCAUCUCACUUCAGAGGAGGGAAGCGACGCUCCAUUUCGAGGGCUGGCAGUCAAAUGUUCCUGACGAUGCCAGCCCGAGCGCCCUAUACAACAUGAAAUUUAAGACAGUGGAUGACAAGGAAUGCUCCUUGUUGGGGCUCUUAGGAUCCCAAGUCAGCUCUCUGAGCUCGUUCAGGUCGUUUCUUCACAAGGGCGGUGACGUGUUUGUGGAUAACUACUUGGAGGAGAAGGAGAUGCGUGCUCCAGCAGCUCAACUCCUCUUUGUUAGCUACCUUGUAGAGCUGACAAGGCCUAAGGGCCACGAGAUAGGCGCUGUAGGCGACUAUUUCUGGUUGCAGAAGCCCUGGCUCAAGAAGAAGAAGGAGCUGGAGGGUGUGCUCGCAGCAGGCAACAACACAGCUCAGGUUGUCAGUAGUGUCCUGAACAGACGCUUCACUCCCACGGUGUCAUCAGCGCAUCGGGCACAAGAUUUGAAAGGUGCAUCCAGCAUCAUGCAUGAAGCAGCAACGGCACCCUCCUCGCAAACAGUGCCUUGGCAGGUUUCUGGCCAUGAUACCUUGCCCAUUCUGCAUGCAGCAGCAAGCUCACAGCAGUGUACAGCCGAUCUUAGUCGCUGCACGAGCCCAGUCCUCCAGGAAGAUGCGAAUAUAAGCUUAUGGGAUAUGGAGCCCAAUGAGGACUCCCUGGUCUCAUUGGAGGCCUCCCUUCACGCUGCCGAACCGGGCGGCAGCGGAACCGAACGGAGCGGCGCCGACCACGGGUCCCCCGGCUGGAUACUCAUCUCUGAGGCCUCCCUUCGCGCUGCCGAGCCGGGCGGCGGCGGGACUGAACGGAGCGGCGCCGACCACCGACUCCCCAGCAGGAGACCCAGCUCUGAGGUCUCUCUCCGCGGUGCCGAGCCGGGCGGCAGUGGAACUGAACGAUGCGGCGCCGACCACAGGUCCCCCAACAGGAGCCCCAGCCCUGAGGCCUCCCUUCGCGGUGCCGAGCCGGGCGGCAGUGGAACUGAACGGAGCGGCGCCGACCACAGGUCCCCCAACAGGAGCCCCAGCUCUGAGGCCUCCCUUCGCGGUUCCGAGCCGGGCGGCAGUGGAACUGAACGGAGCGGCGCCGACCACCGGUCCCCCAACAGGAGGCCCAGCUCUGAGCUUCCAUGCAUGCAGGCCUCCCUUCACGAUGCCGAGCCGGGCGGCAGUGGAACUGAACGGCGCGGCGCCGAUUACAGGUUCCCCAGCAGGAGCCCCAGCUCUGAGGCCUCUCUUCGCGCUGCCGAGCCGGGCGGCAGCGGAACCAAACGGUGCGGCGCCGACCACAGGUCCCCCAGCAGGAUACCCAGCUCUGAGGCUUCCCUUCGCGCUGCCGAGCCGGGCGGCAGUGGAACCGAGCGGAGCGGCGCCGACCACCGGUCCCCCAGCAGGAUACCUAGCUCUGAGGUCUCGCUGCGCGCUGCCGAGCCGGGCGGCGGCGGAACUGAACGGAGCGGCGCCGACCACAGGUCCCCCAGCAGGAUACACAGCUCUGAGGCCUCACUUCCUGCUGCCGAGCCGGACGGCAGCGGCGCCGAUCACAGGUCCCCCAUCAGGAAACCCAGUCCUGAGCUUGGAGGCUGCAAGCGCCCUGUCCAAGCGCUUUCUCCGGGCACCGAGCACACGCUCCAAGGCGGGGGAUUGCGCUACAAUGGUGGCCGCCAGCAGCCCAAGAAGGCUAGGCGCCGUGGUGUAUCCGCAUAUGGCUCCGUGGUUGACGCCGGAGAGGCCCUCGAUGACGAGGAAGAGAUCCCAACCAUCAGCAAAGCGGUCUUCACUGUCGACUCCCCCUCCGACAUCCCGGAAGCUAUUAACGAGUCGGGCGUUGCCAUCCUUCACGACCCAGGAAUCAGGGAUACAGUCACUCCUGCGGCAGUCCAGCGGGCGUUGCAACACGGGGGGGCAUCUUUACCCAUCUUCGAGAGCAUUCCGCCAAAGAGGAACGGGAGGUUUGUGCAGGAGCGCCGUAACGGAAAGCCAACUGGCUACCUGAGGUCCACAUUCGGCUCUAAGCAGCGGCGGCAGUGCCUCAUUAACCCCGAAGACCCAGAUCAUGCGGACGUCCUGGCUGACUUCCGGGGUGUGGUGGAGCCCAAGAUUAACGAGGCUGUAGCCGCUAUGGGCGACGACGACCUCGAGCUCCAUCCCCCGUACCUCCUCCUGAACACCCAAUCGGAACAGCAGGAGCCUGUGCGCCGCCAAGGCAAUCACACCGACUUGAAGAUGGAGCAGAAGGGCGGUGUAGCAAUAGCUGCGGUGCAGAAGAUGGGGCUCCUGUUGUACCCAGAGAGCAACCGUGUGUUGGAACGCUAUUGGCAGCUGGAGAAGCUUGUGGACGAAGGUGGUAUUACACCGGCGGAUCUGGAGGCAUGGGUCAAAAUGCGCAAGUUCAAGGCGGUGAGGGUGGAGCUAGAAGCCGGUGACAUCAUUUUCCUAAGUGGGCACAUGGUGCACGCGGGUGACUGCGGUAUGGACAACUACCCUUCACUCCGUGUUCACUGGUACUUCACAGACGGCAAGAAGGAGAACGAGACCACGCACCUCGUCAUGUAUGGUGCUGUCCUUGCUGCGCAGUUUGUGUAGUACAGCUGAUUGGGGCGCUGGGUAAUAGUAAAGGGAACCGACCCACGUACCAAAGGCACGAUGCAAAGCUCACGGUUUUGUGGCUUGUUAGUUGCUAUCUUGAAUGGACAGUUGGGUACCCAGGAAUUGAGUUGUACGCCUCCCCGGGUUUUCAAUUGUCGUCAUGCAUGUUUAUCAGUUGCGUAUUUCUCUAAGGAUGCCAAAUCCACAUAUACGCAUGCUGACCCAAUAAAGCGUGUUACCUGUGCUAACGUACAUUACGCAUGAAUGGAGCUGCAAAGACGACCUUAAUCGUAAGACCAUGCUAAGCACCAGUCAUGAGUGAUGUUGGCGCUGAGCUCCAGACUGCAAAGGGGCCCUUGUGCUGGGGGGCCCUUCGGAGGAUCGCAUGCUGACGGGACUACCCCCUCCCCUCUUAAUUCAGGAGUGGGACAGUAGGUGGAUUAAGCAAGGGUGUUUCACCCCAAGUUGUCGCCAAUCGUUAUGCUCGUGCGUUGGUUGUAGGGUCUGAAGGGGCGAGUAUAGCGGGCCUGAAUGCAUGCGUGUGGGGGCUACAAAGGGCAAAGGAACGUGCUAUGCGGGAAUGUUGCCAUUGACUCGCCCGGAGGACCCCGCAACUGACAGCAUGUAUCCUCCCC